GUUUGGAUCAGGGCGUCACCUUCAUAUUGGGGUUGUGGCGUCUUGUCGUAGACGUCGCUGUCGUCGUUGUCGGGUUGUCUCUAUCAACCCUACGAGCCUCCGCCAUGUUUGCUGCGAAGCGAUCACACUGAGAGCCUUUCUGCGAUACGAGCGGGCCGAUUGCAUCGCCAAGAUCUUGUCGCAGCUCUUUGCCCCAUCGAGCACAAUGGAACACCCAGAGGGCAAGCCAGUGUCGUCUGGGAGCCUGGGUGGCGCGGCUCAGCCGCUUUCAGAUUCCCAGCUGAUGUUCGAGAAGCGUCAACUGGCAAAACCCAUGCUGGGAUGGCCAGACGGAUGCCUCUUUGGCCAGGCGCUGAUGCCAGUGGUGCCGCUGUCGCCGACCUCGCUGCCAGCAGAGGAAUCGCUGUCUCCCUUCGUCGGUGCACCCCGCGAUGCCGCCCCUCCCGCGGCAUUACCGCAGGGGCAAAAUGUGUCGCUGCUCUCUGCCGCCAUUUCUGCGCAUGAUGCAGAACGCAGGAAGGCGACGCCAGGCCUGCUUUUGCAGUGCUCUGGCAGCAUCCUGCGCAAAUCUUGCCAUACACCCUCUCCGACGCGCCGCUGCACAUUUGGCGAUGAGCCGCGAGCGAGCCACACACGCUUCUGCGCCCCGCCUCUUCCGCUGGAGCGGCCGCGCAAUUCGCGCACCAGCUCAGGGUGCAACAAUCCUGCGGGGACCGCGCCUUGUCAGCCGCAGCUGCCGACAGCAGACAUACUCACAAGGGACAAUCGCCGGCCGCUCACCUUCUUGGAUGCAGCAGAUCUGCUCAGGUCCCGGGCGGAGCGGCUGAGCAAGGAUGCAGACGCUGCGGGCCAUGCCGCUACACGGCACCACUUUGCGCCCGCGCUUGCGCGCUCGCAGUCCGAGUCCAGUCACAGCCUAGUCUCGGCCGCAAGCCUCGCGCCAGACUGCGGCCAGCAACACCUACGGCGCGCAUCCGCGUCAUUGCUGCCGCAGCCUUCGUUGGCGCUGACCGCACCUUACAUUGCACCCUGUCCCCCGGCUCCGCUGCGGACUCGCACCCUUCAAUUUGCGGAAAAUCCAGACGAUCCCAUCGAGUGGCACGAGCGUGAGCGGCCCCAGUCACGAGCGUCCAGGCGGAGCACCAGCACAGGCAGCGGGGAGACACACGCAGACGCGAUUGAGGGUGCACUGGCCGAGGCGGAUGCACCCGCCUGCGCCGAGGACCAAGCGCACUCUCCAGACGAUGACGAUGAAGACGUCUCUUCCGAAUCGACGGACAGUGAUUAUCAGGCGCAGCAGGAAAGCGAGUCGGACGACGAGGAGGACGACCGGCGGAUAGGCUGGAGUAGCCGCGCCGACUGGAUUGAUGCUGGACCUGCGCUUCUCCGCAAAGCGAGGUCACUACCUGCUUCCCCUGGCCGGCAAAGCUACACACGGAUCGCCAUCUCGUCCUUUCUACCUGAUGCCUUCGAAGAUUCGGCAACCUCGUCGAACGUCUCGUCGUACAGCGGGACGACGGCUGCGACGACCAUAUCGCUCGGCUCGCGCGCCGCCCGGUCCUCCGCCGACCUCUCGCCCGUCAAAUCGCAGCGGGCGUUCAGCAUUGCAAGCAAGCCCUCAACGGCAGCCAGCACACUGCAGGUCAUGACGACUCUUAGCUUGCGACCCGGUGAGACUUGUUCCUCAGCCUCCUCGCUGCUGUCCAGCCCUACCGCACCGCCGGACAUCGCAAUGUUUGGGGAGCCUCGCAGCGAUGCGGACGUCGGCACCGGAUCGCGUGCGGCCCCUCACUCGAGCAGGGAAGAUGCGCUGCGACUGCUCCGGAGCUGUCUCUGCUCCUCGCAGCUUUAUCGGCGUUCGGCCGAACAGACCGACACACGACCACCGCUUCGUGUCGUCUCAGCACCCCACACGCCGAGGCUCUCGAAGGACUUUUCGUGAGACUGGGUUCCGGACUGUACCUAGCAUAUAACUCGAUCCAAUGAUACCCUAUUC